AUAAAUUAGGUGAUCUGGAACGUGCCCUCUAUUAUGGAAAUUCAAACAUCCGGGCACCUGAUCCAUUCAAGGCUGAUAGAAGAUGGCUUCGGCAAUGAGAAUUACGUCAACUGCAAAUACACUAAAUUCAAUAGAAAAUCAAACCAGCGAGGAGGAGGAUGGCCAGAAUUUAUGGUGAGUAUCGGCCCUGAACUGUACAAUAAUAUGGCUUUUAGAAAGACCUAGCUCGCCUGUCAGAGCCCCUUUGAAUGGUUUUAGGUUUUGAAAAAUCUGGUUCUAGGGAGUAGCGCAUCAGAUUGAAUGGCAGGGAUACGGGUGCUUGGUAUUUGUCUGAUGUCAUUGUGUCUUGCAGGUCCUCUAUUUUGAGUGAGGUAUCGACGCGUUCACGGUCAAAAUUGCCGUCUGGGAAAAAUGUUCUUAUUAUGGGUAAGCCUAUUUAAUUUUCUGCUUGCAAUGUGUAAUAUUGACACGGGAUGGACCACCUGCUCUCUCAGCUACUCCAGAGUGCGGAAUGCUAGACAAGGAGUGCCUCUCACCACGCGUUCUGUAUUCCAUUAUAAUGUAAAUAACUGCCAGUAUUGGACCAUUGUUGCGAGGUUUGAGAAACAAUUGAUGAUUAACCUAAUCAUGGCAGGCUAUUGUUAAAUGCAUUCGUAACAGCGCGGCCUAUUGUCCAACAAAAUAUGGACAGUGUUUCAUAGACGACUGAAAAUGGCAAUUUCUGCAGAAGGUCAGAUCUGAUCUGAUCAGAUCACAUUGAAAGAGUGAUGAUAUUCAACACCUGCUAGUUUAAUCCGUAAGAGAAAUCCCUCAACAAGCAAAUUAGAUUACAUAUAUUUCUUAUCUGGUCGAAUAGUGGUAUACAGUGCCUUCAGAAAGUAUUCACACUCCUUGAAAAUAGAUUAAAUUGAUAUUAUUUUGUCACUGGCCUACACACAAUACCCCAUAAUGUAAAAGUGGAAUUAUGUUUUUUGAAAUGUAUUACAAAUGAAAAGCUGAAAUGUCUUGAGUCAAGUUUAGGAGUAAAAAUGUGUUUAACAAGUCACAUAAGUUGCAUGGACUCACUCUGUGUGCGAAGUGUUUUUAACAUGAUUUUUGAAUGACUACCUCAUCUCAGUUCCCCACACAUACAAUUAUCCCUCAGUCGAGCAGUGAAUUUCAACCACAAAGACCAGGGAGGUUUUCCAAUUCCAAAAGCAGACAUUGAAUUUCCCUUUGAGCAUGGUGAAGUUAUUAAUUACACUUUGGAUGAUGUAUCAAUACACCCAGUCACUACAAAGAUACAGGCAUCCUUCCUAACUUGUUCAGUCAAAAGAACAAAUCUUUUGACUCAUUCCGUUCAUUUGGGUCAGUAAGAGCCAAAUUAUGCUUGCUCCGGAAAUGUGGUCAGUGGCACCGUAUGGAUGGUGUGAUGCAAUUGCGGAGGCACGCAGAGGCCAAAUGAGCUCCAUACUGCAUCGCUGUGCGCCUCUCAAAUGUUGUAACAAUGUGGAGGGUUCCGUAUAGCUCUGCAUUACAUGAUUGGUUGACGGUAGGUGAGGGCGGGAGGGCGGGAGGUCCUGUGUAAACACAAACUCACUUCCUUGAUAACUUCCUUCACAACAGCUCUGCGCUGAUGUAUGAAUGCCCUGACUUCUGCAGAGGACAUGUCACCGUAAAUGCUGCACGGCCAAUGCAGACGUCGGAAUGACCAUGCCGCACCUUUAAUGCCCAGAGCACACAGGACCUCCUACCGACGAACGAUGAACUGAAAACUGUCGUUCACAGUAGGGGGCUUAUUGGAGCUGUCAUUUGUGACUGAGACUUGUAAACGUGUGCUUUAAACAAUGUACAUUUGUUGAUUGCUAGGCAUACAAAUUAAAUGUAUUUCUUGAUACAUUUGAAACAAGGUCCUUCUAGCUGUGGUUGCUACCGGACUAGAUUGUGAACAACUCUUGGCGGAAUGCAUUGCUUGACUGUCGUGAGAGUUCAGUCGUUCACGAACUGCAGCCGACUAAACAAAUCGUUCUCGAGUUUGUUGAGCAGAGGCUGUGCAUGUUUUGGUUCUACAAAGCUGUGUCCAGCAUAACAUUAAAUAAUCAAUUAAUUGCAGUCAUUCUUGCACCAUAUGAUCAAUUAUCAGUUCUAAACAUGUAUCUUCUCUAUGCUCAUGAUCUAUUUUCCUGCGCGCAUAUGACAGACAGUUGGGGGUCGGAGCACGUCUCUGGAGCCGGAGGAGCCUGAAUGGAAGGUGCUGCAUGGUCAUUCUGACUUCUGCAUUGGCCGUGCAGUAUUUACUGACACGGCCUCUGCAGAUGUCAGGGCAUUCAUACUUCUUGAGCUUCGCUGAGCAGCACAGUGCUGUUGUGAAGGAAGUUGUCAUGGAAACCGCUCAGGGAUUUCACCAUGAGGCCAAUGGUGACUUUAAAACAGUUACAGAGUUUAAUGGCUGUGAUAGAAAACUGAGGAUGAAUCAACAACAUUGUAGUUACUCCACAAUACUAACCUAAUUGACAGUGGGGAAAAAAAGGAGCCUGUACAGAAUACAAAUAUUUUUUUUAGUCAUUUUUAGCAGACGCUCUUAUCCAGAGCGACUUACAGUUAGUGAGUGCAUAAUAAAAAAAAGAGUAACUUUAUGUCCUGAAUACAAAGCGUUAUGUUUGGGGCAAAUCCAAUACAACACAUCUCUGAGUACCACUUCAUAUUUUCAAGCAUAAUGGUGACUGCAUCAUGUUAUGGGUAUGCUUGUCAUUGGCAAGGACUAGGGAGUUUUUUAUUUUUUUAUGAUAAAAAGAAACGGAGUGGAGCUAAGCACAGGCAAAAUCCUAGAGGAAAACCUGGUUCAGUCUGCUUUCCAACAAACACUGGGAGACGGUCACCUUUCAGCAGGACAAUAACGUAAAAAACAAGACCAAAUAAACACUGGAGUUGCUUGACAUUGAAUGUUCCUGAGUGGCAUGGUUACAGUUUUGACUUAAAUCGGCUUGAAAGUCUAUGGCGAGACUUGAAAAUGGCUGUCUAGCAAUGAUCAACAACCAACUUGACAGAGCUUGAAGAAUUUUUUUAAUAGUAAUGUGCAAAUGUUGUACAAUCCAGAUGUGCAAAGCGCUACCAAAGGUGAUUCUAACAUGUAUUGACUCGGGGUUGAAUACUUUUGCUUUUAUAUAUAUUUUUUUUACAAAUGUUAGAAUUUUUCUUCCACUUUGACAUUAGAGUAUUUUGUGUAAAUCGUUUACAAAAAAUGACAAUUACAUCCAUUUUAAUCCCACUUUGUAACACAACAAAAUAUGGAAAAAGGUCAAGGGGUGUGAAUAUUUUCUGAAGGCACUGUAGUUGCCCUGCAUAUAGGCCUAACUCAUUUUGUGAGCUAAAGCUGCAUUGAUGCAAGAUCAUAGAUAAUUGUAUAGGCCUAGAGCACUGGCCACCGCAGGCAACCGACCUAAAGGCCUAAUGGAGCCUGCAGUAGGCUAUAACGUGUUUUAAUAAUUUCGCUUAGCAUGCAGUUUACCUGAACGUAUGUGUUUCAUGUUUGCUGCAGGUGAGACGGGGGCAGGUAAGACCACUCUGAUAGCCAAACUGCAGGGAGUUGAAGAAUACAUGAAAGGCAGAGGACUGGAGUACCUGUACUUUAACGUUCACGAUGAUGACAUCGAUGGUAAGUGUGGCUUUUUGGAACAUGAUGAGAAAACAAAGGUUUGUUUUAGUUCAUGAUAUAGCUCGGGCAUCAGUUUAUGAUGGAUCACUGGUGAUCAAUAGGAUAGCAUGGUACGAUUUCUCCUUUUUGGUGUGAUUUGACCCCAAACUGUUUGUGUGUCUGUGCAGAUCAUGCUAUGUGUAACGCAUGGAUUCUGGACGGUGACCUGUAUCACAAAGGCCUCCAGAAGUUUGCUGUGUGUGGGGAGAACCUGGCCGACACUAUGGCCCUGCUGGUAGUGGACAUGUCCAGACCGUGGACGGUGCUGGACUCUCUGCAGAAGUGGGCCAGCGUGCUGCGAGAACACAUCGACAAGCUCCGAGUCAACCCAGAGACACUGAGGGACAUGGAACAGAGAUGUACGUCUAUGAAUCUGCGAGAUGGAGGGGGGUGGGGAGACAGACACAGACAUUCUUACUUCAUAACAUUAAAGACAGAAAUGGCUACUUCAACAGUAUUUCUUUAAAACUUUGAUUAGCCAUGAGAUGUAAACUAUAAAGUUAAUCGAGAUGAAUUGUUCUGGGUUUGAAUGAAAAAGGGUAAAAUAGCAGUCUAAAAUGGAAUCUCUUCCUCCCUCUCCUCUACCGCUAGUGGUCCGACAGUUCCAGGAGUACACAGAGCCAGGGGGAGACCACAGCGCCUCUCCCAAGAGGAGGAACCCCAUGGCUGGGGAGGCUGAGGAGGAGUGUGUGGUCCUCCCUUUGGGAGAGGAGACACUCACACACAACCUGGGCGUGCCUGUUAUGGUGGUGUGCACAAAGGUAGGGUGGGCAAACCAUCUGGCAUUAGGGAAAGAACAAGGCAACUUCAUUUAACUCAACUUAUCAAAAUAUACUUUCAGUGUCAUUGGUAUGGUUUCUUUAUUCAUACAUGUGUAUAAAGGAUGGAAAAUCUGUCAUUGUGUUUUACACUAUUUCUAAUUUCCUCUGCUUUCAAUCUCUUUUUCAAUCUUGUCUUGUGUGGCUUACCCUUUCUCUCUCUCAGUAUUCUCUUUCCCUCUCUCCACUUCCCUCCUCCUCUGCAGUGUGACACGUUUGUCAGUCUAGAGAAAGAGCAUGACUACCGGGAAGAACACUUUGACUUCAUCCAGUCUCACAUCCGACACUUCUGCUUGCAGUGUAUCCUUCCGACUCACCGACUGGUUGUCUGACCUAAGAGUUGGCAUUCCGCUGGCGUUAUUCUUUCAAACUAAUACAUUUUCAUGUUUUUCUUCGAUGUACUAACAAUGUGCAGGCACCAGUUUCAGGUUUUUCUUGUGUGAAGUGAGCACGGUCUUUCUUAGCUAGGUAUUAGAGGGGUCUUUAAGAUAUCGUUGGCCAUUCUAUCAAUAAUACUAUCCUUGACAAGUAGUGGCCUCUCAGAUGGCGCUGCGCUGCUAUACACGUCAAUGAAGGAGAACAAGAACAUAGACCUAUUGUAUAAAUACCUGGUCCAUAGAUUAUACGGGUUUCCCUUUGACAUGCUGGCCCAGGUGGUGGAGAAAGACUCAGUAUUCAUGUAAGUGUGACUCUGUGUUCUCACUAAUGAAACAUUUAGCCUUUUUUCUCAUGUGCUGGUGACACUGACAUUUUUAGUUAUUUAGUUUUUUCAUGCUUUUCGUGGUUUGUUGUCUUCCAGCCCAUCAGGAUGGGAUAAUGAAAAAAAGGUCGCCAUUUUAUAUGAAACCUUUCAGUCGUUGAAAAGGGAAGACAAGUUUGAGGAGGUUAUCGUCCAGCCUCCUGUUAGAAAGGUAAUAGAACUCCCAGAUCUCCUCCUUCUUCUUGCCACUGACAUUACGUUUUAGAAACAAGUGUCAUUUUAAAAGACCUUUUAACUAACCCUACACUCUAGGAGUAGGAUCUUGGAGUUGAUUGAACUUGACUGAAUGAAUCUAAACUCCUUAGCCCUGAUCAGGGUCAGAGGUUACUACUGGCAUGCAGGGUUGGUGCUGUGUCUGGGUGGAUUGGGGGAUUCUGGGUGUUUUGCUCUCUCUCCAGUCCUCUCCUCUGGACUUUACUGGGCUCCGGGAUGAGUACCAUAAUCUCAAAUAACAUCAGAUUACCAGGAUGAGCCUGCCUGUACUCAGAUUACAGUGCCAAAACCCAAGGCCAAACAAAUAUGUACUUAAUCGGAUGUACACUAAACUAACACAUUAGGAUGACUUGCAGGUCAUUUUGUGGAGAAACGGUAUAUAGGUAUGUUUGUUUAUGAUGUUUUUGUUUUUUUUGUGCAGUUUGUACAUGAAAAGGAACUAGGUGCGGAGGAUGACCAAGUGUUUCUCCUAAAGCUUCAGGUAAGUGAGAAUGUACAGUAUAUAUUGAUACAGCUGGUAUGACCCAAAACAUGACUUUGAUAAUAUUGCAUGACGCUAAUCUGACAUCAGCUGUUAUAACAGUUUAUUUCUGCCAUUUGCCAUAUGAAUUAGGUUAGUUGUGUUAAGGGCGUCAGACUCUAUCUGGACUGUCACACUGACAUGCUCUGUGUUGUUGUUUAACAGACCCUGUUGUCCAAGCAGCCCCCAGCGGCGGCAGGCAGACCAGUGGUAAGUGUCUGGGGAAACAUGCUACUGUAAAGGACCAAAAGAAGAGUUCAUGUAGAUCUUCUGAUAUAUGCAAUACAUGAUCCUCUCCUCCUCCUUCCUUUCCUGUCUCUUCUCUUUCUCUCCCCUCCCUUCUCCUCAUCCUCUCUCCUCUUCUCUCUACCUUUCCUGUAUCAUUCCUCCCCCUCUUCCUCUCAGGACACCACAAACAGAGCACCCACUGGCUCUCCUCGGGUGUCAAACCGCUCGGCAACAGCAAACAUGGCCAAUGUGAUGCCCAUGCAACCAGGUACCAAGACCAUAGAUCCCAGAUAACUCAUUCUGCUAAAAUGACUAAGAUUAGCUUUGGCACCAGUGCUAAGUUUGCACCUAUAUUUUGUACAUAGGGAAUGAAACCGUUAGCCUAACUGUUAUUAUUAUUAUUAUUAUUAUUAUUAUUAUUAUUUUUAAACAAUACCUGCCAACCUUGCUUGUUCACUUAGUAACUGUGGUGUUUUGUCUCUUUUUGUUUUUCGCUGUGCCAUUAGGCGGGCAGACCAGCGAGGGCGUGCUGGCUAACUUCUUCAACAGUCUGCUGAGCAAGAAGACCGGGGAAGGGGGUGGGGCCAACAACACGCCCAGAACAGUCCGGAAAUCAGGUACUGCUCCACACAUAGAAGAUAUCUAACUCUUUUAUCAUACACCUUCUAGUAAAGUUCUAGAUAGCACAGUGACAGGUAUUCUUCCCCAAAUUUCCACAGAAAGACAGGACUUGAAAUAGAAAAUGUUCCAUUCUGUCAUCUCACUGCAUGUCUGUCACUGUGGUUGUUUAGGUGCACUGUGCACGUGGGUGUCCUGUCCUCCUCCUGAUUUUAUUAGACUCACUCCCACUCCUUCCAUUGUCUUUACCAGCGGUUCUAAACCUCAGUAACUAAGCUCAUGAGGCAUUUAGAAGUUCUAUUCUUCAAGAGUCGUUGGUGUAAUAGAGAAUUUCCAUGGAAACCAGAAGGUGAGCAGUCAUUGAUCAAAUCAAUCCGGUUUAAUAGAAGUUGCAACAGGGAGAUAACCUCCAGCAUAGAACAUUUCUAACUGGCCUUCUCUAAGUAGGCCCUUAUGUUCUAAUCUCACAGCACCAAUGUUCUGUGAACACCCGCCGAGAGGCUUGUAGGAAGUCACCGCUUCAGUUGCUACAGAAUCACAGAAUACAAUAACAACCAGUGUCAUCGGUCCUUGUACCUCCAGUCUGGCAUCAAUCACUAUCAACAGAUAUGAGCGCAAUCCAUAACAUUCAGUAUCAAGUCUAGUGACCAUACACAAUGAGUGUCCCAAAUAGAAUACUAAAAAUCAUGUGUAUUACAUAAAGGGAGAACAUAUAAAUAUGCAAAGUAUUGUGGUAAUAUGAACUUUAUUCAUCUUAAAUAUGACCAUUACAAAUGGCUAUAUAUCUUCAAAAGUUCAGAAAUUGAUGCAUGUACCAAACUUACAGUGAAUAAAAAUAUAAACGCAACAUGCAACCAUUUCAAAGAUUUUACUGAGUUACAGUUCAUAUAAGGAAAUCAGUCAAUUGAAAUAAUUUCAUUAGGCCCUAAUCUAUGGAUUUUACAUGACUGGGAAUACAGAUAUGCAUCUGUUGGUCACAGAUACCUUUAAAAAACAGUAGCGGUGUGGAUCAGAAAAUCAGUCAGUAUCUGGUGUCACGCUGCAUGAGCCAAAUGGUGGUCACACAUCUCCUUCACAUAGAGUUGAUCAAGCUGUUGAUUGUGGCCUGUGGAAUGUUGUCCCACUCCUCUUCAAUGUCUGUGCGAAGUUGCUGGAUAUUGGCGAGAACUGGAACACUGUGUCGUACACGUUGAUCCAGAGCAUCCCGUGCUCAAUAGGUGACAUGUCUGGUGAGUAUGCAGGCUCUGGAAGAACUGGGACAUUUUCAGCUUCCAGGAAUUGUGUACAGAUCCUUGCGACAUGGGGCCGUGCAUUAUCAUGCUGAAACAUGAGGUGAUUGUGGUGGAUAAAUUGCACGACAAUGGGCCUCAGGAUCUCAUCACGGUAUCUCUGUGCGUUCAAAUUGCCAUCGAUAAAAUGCAAUUGUGUUUGUUGUCCGUAGCUUAUGCCUGCCCAUACCAUAACCCCACUGCCACCAUGGGGCACUCUGUUCACAACGUUGACAUCCGCAAACCACUCGCCCAUACAACGCCAUCUGCCCGGUACAGUUGAAACCGGGAUUUAUCCGUGAAGAGCACACUUCUCCAGCCAUCGAAGGUGUGCAUUUGCCCACUGAAGUCUGUUACGACGCCAAACUACAGUCAGGUCAAGACCCUGGUGAGGAUGACGAGCACACAGAUGAGCUUCCCUGAGAUGGUUUCUGACAGUUUGUGGAGAAAUUCUUUGGAUGUGCUGGUCUCAGACGACCCCGCAGGUGAAGAAGCCAGAUGUGGAAGUCCUGGGCUGGCGUGGUUACACGUGGUCUGCAGUUGUGAGGCUGCAAAUUCUCUAAAACGACGUUGGAGAUGGCUUAUGGUGGAGAAAUUAACAUUAAAUUGUCCUGCAACAGCUCUGGUGGACAUUGCUGCAGUCAGCAUGCCAAUUGCACGCUCCCUCAAACUUGAGACAACUGCACAUUUUCAAGUGGCCUUUUAUUGUCCCCAGCACAAGGUGCACCUGUGUAAUGAUCAUGCUGUUUAUUCAGCUUCUUGAUAUGCCACACCUGUCAGGUGGAUGGAUUAUCUUGGCAAAGGAGAAAUGCUCACUAACGGGGAUGUAAACAAAUUUGUGCACAAAAUUUGAAAUAAAUAAGCUUUUUGUGCGUAUGGAACAUUUCUGGGAUCUUUUAUUUCAGCUCAUGAAACAUGGGACCAACACUUUACUUGUUGCGUUUAUAUUUUUGUUCAGUAUAGAUUGCCCCUUUUUUAAAGUAGUAAAUAGUUCUGUCCUAAAUGACCCUUUUUGUUUAUGCUGGUUUUCAGUCAACCUUUUAAUAAUCAUGAUGUAACCUAUAAUUGUCUAAUGAUGUGGAUGGUAGAUCAACUGAUCAUAACUGAGUUCUCAAUCCGGUGCUCCGGAUUGUAUUUUAGAACCCCUUCUAUGUCCGUUGCUCAUCUUUCUCUGUGUGUGUGUUAGUUACAGGAUGCUGGCCCCGCUAAGGUCGGUGUAUCAUGUAACUCUCCUGCAUGCGGUCAUAUUCAUGGGGCAUGCUCACUCUGUAGCCAUAUAACCAUUCCACCAUUCAACAAACCCUGAUUUUAUGUUGUAAACAUGACCCCUAAGCAUGAUGGGAUGUUUAUUGCUUAAUUAACUGAGGAACCACACCUUUGUGGAGUCUGGUGGGUGGAGCUAUAGGAGGACGGCCUCAUUGUAAUGGCUGGAUUGAAAUUGAUGGAACGGUAUCAAACAUAUUGACUCUGUUCCAUUAACACCAUUCCAGCUAUUACAAUGAGCCCGUCCUCCAAUAGCUCCUCCCACCAGCCUCCUCUGUUGUGGAAGCACCUCUUUUCAAUAUACUUUGUAUCCUUCAUUUACUCAAGUGUUUCCAUUAUUUUGGCAGUUACCUGUAGAUCUGCAGCGGUUCUUUUGACUCCUUUGUACUUGGUCAGUUAGACUGACCGGCCUGUUUCCCUGCCCUUGUGUUCCUGCACACACACAGAGCCUGCCUGGCCCAAAUGAGUGGAUGUGGCUGGGUGCGCCAUCGGCUUUUGCUUGUUUGGGUCCUAAGCCUCCUUGUUUGUUUCUGCUCAUUCUGCUACUCCAUAGGUCUGCCACUAAAGGACAGCACAGAGCUCAUGUCCUCCCAUAUCCUCAUUUGUUGCUACUCCCCAGACGUCAGACAUACAGGUCUGCCACUAAAGCCAAGAGUGUGCAAAGCUGUCAUCAUGGCAAAGGGUGGCUAUUUGAAGAAUCUCAAAUAUAAAAUAUAUUUUGAUUUGUUUAACACUUUGUUGGUUACUACAUGAUUCCAUAUGUGUUAUUUCAUAGUGUUGAUGACUUCACUAUUAUUCUACAAUAUAGAAAAUAGUAAAAAUAAAGAAAAACCCUUGAAUGAGUAGGUGUGUCCAAACUUUUGACUGGUACUGUAGGUCUGCCACUAAAGGACAGCACAGAGCUUAUGUCCUCCCAUAUCCUCUUUUGUUGUAAAAGGCCUUAGUAGUUGGUUAGAACUAAUUUCUUUGUUUUCAGAAUUUGAUUUACAUUUUUACAUUUUAGUCAUUUAGCAGACGCUCUUAUCCAGGGUGACUUACAGUUAGUGAGUGCAUACAUUUUCAUACUGGCCCCCCGUGGGAAACGAACCCACAACCCUGGCGUUGCAAGCGCCAUGCUCUUCCAACUGAGCUACAGGGGACUAUUGAUGUAUUCAUUUGUUUCAUAUGUAUGUUUUAUUUGUCAUUUUCAAAUGGUGCCACAAAGAGAGUACAACUGCAAACUGAUCUUUGUCCCAAUACUAGCAAUUGGGUGAAAGUGUAUUUUUAACACCAAGACCUAUUUUGUGAACUCUUCCAGGGUCAAAGAUGGGACUAGACGGUGAGCCAGAGGCGUCCUCCCCCACCUCACCCUCCCCCCCAGCCGACAUGGAGGAGUCCUGA